AUGGCUCCAUCUUCUAAAUCAGCUAGACCUGCUCAGUAUAAGCAAUCCUCCAGAAAGGGUAAGAAGGCCUGGAGAAAGAAUAUUGAUUUGACCGAUAUUGAAAAAUCUAUUGAGGAUAAGAUUGAACAAGAGAUUACUCAUGGUGUUGCUGAUUUAUCUACUUUGAAAAAUGACGCAUUAUUUGCUGUUGAUAAUACUGGUGAUGAUGAACUAAAAUCUAAAUUGAUUAAGAGAAAACAAAUAAAAAAAAAUUUGAAAAGUAAAGAAAUCUUAGAAUCGAUUAAGACUAAUUCUAAAGUUUCUGCUUUGAAACAUCACAAACAUGAUUCUUCUUUGCAUUCAGAGAAAAAGGGAAAAAUUCAAGGUGUCUCUAAGAAAAAAUUGAAUAAAUUAUUAGCGUUAGCUGGUAAAGUUCAAGGUGAAAGUAAAUUGAAAAAUCGUCUCAAUAAAGAUGGUCUGAUUAAAUCUGACACAAAAGAUUUAUGGGGUGAUGAACCUGUCUUAAAGAAUGAUUCUAAAAAAUCUGUUACAUUACCUUCAGGGAUUAAAUUGGAUAUUAACUCAGAAACACAUAUUCCAGAAGAAUUAUUGAGUAAGUCUACCACUAGUUGGUCACUUCCAUCUGUGGCACCUUCCACAUCUAAGAUUGAACCAGUUCAAGUACGUAAAUAUGAAAGCGUUCCACAUUCUGGUAAAUCUUAUAACCCAGAAUCUAAAGAGUGGAAUUCUUUAUUGAUUACAGAAUAUAAAAAAGAAGUCAUCAAUGAAGAGAAAAGGGUUCAAUUAGUUGAAUACAAAGAAAAGAUAAAACAUUUAAUGGAAACCUUAAAUGAUAAUGAAGAAGAAGAUGAAGAUACUUCUGACGAAUCAUCUGAUGAAGCUGACCACACCACCGAAACAAAAGAGGAUGGAUCGGACUAUAGAUUAUCCAUUAAUGACCCAGUUAAAAAUAAGAAAAAGACUAAAUAUCAAAGAAAUAAAGCUAAGAAGCAUGAGGAAAAAGUCAAAUUACAACAAGAAUUGAAAACACUUAAGAUUCAUGUUAAGAAACUGGAAAUGAUCGAAGAAAUUGGAGCUGUCGUAGAAGAAGAAUCUAAAAUUGAAACCACAAGUAAAGUCACAAAGGAAAGAAGACAUAAUAAGAAUAAAUUAGGUACCAAAUAUGGUAUCCUAGAUGAAAGGUUAGAGAUUAAAUUUUCUGAUGAAUUAUCUGAUUCCUUGAGAAAAUUAAAACCGGAAGGUAAUCUACUAUACGAUAACGUUAGAAAAUUACAAAGUUCAGGUAAGAUCGAGUCCCGUAUACCACUACAGAGAGGUAGAAGAUACAAGCAAAACAUCACUGAAAAAUGGACUCACAAGGAUUUCAAAUAA